AUGAAGGCGAGCGCGGCGGCGGGAGCCGUCCCGGCGGCGGGGCCGGGGCCGGGGCCCGGGCCGCCCGAUGCGCCCCGGCGGGACAAGGGCGAAGCGGAGGCGGAGCGGCUGCGCACCCGCGAGCGCCUCGAGGCCACGCUGGCCGGCCUGGGCGAGCUGGACUAUCUGCGGCAGCGGCAGGAGCUGCUCGUGCGGAGCCUCCUGCUGCGGCGGCCGCCGGGCGCCCGCGGGGAGCCCUCGGGCGAGGCGCCGCCGCGGAGCCUCGAGGAGAAGUUCCUGGAGGAGAACAUCCUCCUCCUGCGCAGGCAGCUGAACUGCUUGAGRAGGAGGGAUGCUGGCCUAUUGAAUCAGCUACAAGAGCUGGAUAAGCAAAUAAGUGACCUCCGGCUGGACGUGGAAAAAACGACGGAUGAGCACCUUGAGACAGACAGUCGUCCAAGUUCAGGGUUUUAUGAGCUGAGUGAUGGAGCUUCUGGAUCGCUCUCCAAUUCGUCUAACUCAGUCUUCAGUGAGUGUUUAUCCAGUUGCCAUUCUAGCACUUGCUUUUGCAGCCCUUUGGAGGCAACACUGACUAUCUCAGAUGGACGCCCUAAAUCUGCAGAUCUCAUAGGCUGGAUGGAUUAUAAUAAGGAAGGCCAACAUGAGGACCAGACUGCAGGCUCUGUCUGUUGCUCUUUGUCCACACCGCACUCAAAUUCCCUCGAUGUCGUUGCAGAUGUACAUCCAAAAUACCAGUGUGAUCUGGUGUCUAAAAACGGGAAUGACGUCUACCGGUACCCCAGCCCACUCCAUGCGGUAGCUGUGCAGAGCCCCAUGUUUCUUCUCCCGGUGACUGAAAACCCCCAGCGCGAAGAGGAGAKACUUGGCUGUGAUAUUAGUGACGCUUGCGUCGGAUCGGAAUCGGACUCAGGAAAAGUAGCCAAUACCUUUCUCCCACAGAGCUCCUGGCCCGCACCGGGCCCUUCCUCCAGCAAGAGGAUAGAUGGUUACAUCUUAAGCCUGGUUCAGAAAAAGACCCAUUCUGUAAGGACUAAUAAACCAAGGACAAGUCUCAAUGCUGACCCCACCAAAGGGAUUUUGAGGCAUGGAAGCAUGUGUGUGAGGCAGCCCRCUGCGGUGGUUUCACACACCAGCAUUGUGAACCUGAAGAAUUCGAAGCAAACGUGCUUGCAUUCCGGUGGAACAGCUGCCGCGGACAACGCGGUGUUCUCCCCGGUAAAGCAGAGGCCGAAGGAAUCAAGUGGCGAGCAGCUGGAGAGUAGGAAGAUGCCUUUGCCGGUGGCUUUCCCACCCAGCACAGGGAGCGAACUUCCAAGCAAGCGGGGYGUCAAACCGGUGCCUCCAGAGCUAAGUCAGAACAUGGCAGCUCCAGGGGGGGACAUGCCCAAGGAAAAUGGCCAGCUCUUUGCCACGGCUCCUAAAGAGAGCCCGGGCAAGCCAGUGGUGUUGCAGCCGGAGAAUAAAGUCAGUCAGCCUCCCAAAAAAGUCCUGCUGAAGAGCAGCAUGCAGGUGGCUCACUCCACAUCUGCUCCUCCUGUUGAGGAGAGGCCUUCCCUGGAUUUCAAAAGCGAGGGCUCUUCCUCACAGAGCCUGGAUGAUGGGUUACUGGUGAACGCCCAAUACAUACCGGCCCAGCAGCAGAGCAUUAAGCUCCACAAAGGCACCAAAAACGUCAAAAUUUUGAAAAGCUCUACCAUGAAACACAGGCCCCACCUCAUCAACGGGCUGGAAAAUGGCUCUCAGACCUUGAGGGAGAAAAACAAAUCGGUCAGCAAGAAAUGUCGCUUUCCUGAUGAAUUGGAUACAAAUAAGAAACUGAAAAAGCCCUCUUCAAGGGGGAAGAGAGGCAGCGGUUUGCCAUCAGAGUCCAGCCUCCAAAGCAGGCCGUCCGGCCUACAUAAAUCCGUAAUCCGGUCGCAUGGACAUGGCCGAGAGGUCGUGGUGGCCAAACCUAAGCACAAGCGGGCCGACUAUCGCCGGUGGAAGUCGUCGGCGGAGAUCUCCUAUGAGGAGGCCCUGCGGAGGGCCAGGAGGAACCGCAGAGAAGCUGUGGGAGUCUACUCGCAAGUGCCCCUGCCUUACGUGAGCCCGUACGCCUACGUAGCGAGCGACUCGGAGUACUCAGCCGAGUGCGAGUCCUUGUUCCACUCCACCGUGGUGGACACGAGCGAGGAUGAGCAGAGCAAUUACACCACGAACUGCUUUGGAGACAGCGAGUCUAGCCUGAGCGAGGUGGAAUUUGUAGGGGAGAGCACUACCACCAGCGACUCGGAUGAGAGCGGGGGUCUCAUUUGGUCUCAGUUUGUGCAGACUCUCCCCAUCCAAACGGUCACAGCUCCAGAGCUGCAUGAAAAUGCAGCAAAGGCCUUUGUGAAAAUCAAAGCCUCCCAUAACCUCAAGAAGAAAAUCCUUCGCUUUCGGUCGGGCUCUCUGAAGCUGAUGACAACGGUCUAGUGAAGUGACUUGGCGGAAUGUAUCUGUUUCUGCUUUUGGAAGCAAGGUGCUUUUGUGUACAUAUUUUCACAGAUUUUUUUUUUUUAAUAUCUAUACAAAUAUUUAAAACUUAAGAUAAAUUAUGUCACUUGUCUUCAGAACUUGGGUGGAUACUAGUGCCUUUUAAGUGGAAAUAAAAGACAAUUAUACUAGUUUUUAAAAAAAUAACACUGCCAUUUCAGUGGUGAACAGCCUCCAAUGCAUAGUAUCAGAGGGCUUUGAAGAAAAGGUUAAUGUUCCCAAGAGUUAAUAUUCCUAGGUUUUCAGUGCUGGGUCUUUUGCAGGAUAUCAAYGAUGUGUGGUCAUAAGUUUUUAGGGAAAAAGAGGGAGAGAGUGUGGGUGGUCUUAAUGUUUUUGCUUGUUCCUUUCUGCUGCUCCUGUUGCCACAUCUUGAAUUUGUUUCACCUGACAGUCUGGCCUGUUUUUUCAUUUGCUGAUUCUCUUCUUGAAUCUCGUCCUCAUCCACCCUCAACCUUCUCCCAUAAGGAAAAGGCUCCUGUUCAAUCUAUCUCUAAGGUUAAAUUGCCUUCUCUGGAGUGCACUCUGCUCCUGUUUCCUGGGAGUCCCAGUAUGGACUGUGGUGUAGAUCAGAAUAAACUGUUGGAGCAGCUGACCAAGGCUUAGUAACUUCAGUAUAUUGUGUAAAAUUGCUUUAAAAAACAAAAAAAAAAGUGCAUGUCAUGUGCAUGAGUAUCAGUAGUUUUAAUAUUCCUGUUGAUGUCCAAUUUACUGUA